UUAUUGAAAAAAGUCUCAGUAGUAGGCUCGGAAUCCAUCUCGCUGGGUGAUCUCUUCUGAUCCAACGGUGUAGAAAUAAUGUAAACAAACUCCUCGAAAACACUCUCACACUGGCGACCCACUCGUCAGAGAGACCUCAAAAACGAAGAUCCAAACCCUAGCAAGAAAAUAUAAAGAACGAAGAAGAAGAGAAAGUUCUAAGCUCCGAUCAUGGCGUUCUCUUCCCGUCUCUUAUCCAGAUCCAAACAGCUUUAUGGCAGUCGUACCAUUCUGCAACAGGAGCCGCAGCGUGUUAUCCCAGUCCGUUACUUUGCCAAAAAAGCUGAUCCUCCAGCUCUCAAGGGAGAUGAGAUGCUAAAGAACAUCUUUCUGGAUGUCAAGAAGAAAUUUGAGACAGCCAUCGCAAUACUUAGGAAGGAGAAGAUCACCAUAGAUCCUGAGGAUCCAGCUGCUGUGAAUCAAUAUGCAAAGGUCGUGAAGACAAUUAGAGACAAGGCUGAUUUGUUCUCUGAGUCACAGAGAAUAAAAUACACCAUCGAGACACGAACUAAGGAUAUUCCAGAUGCUCGGACAUAUUUGUUGACAUUGAAGGAAAUACGAAUUAAGAGAGGUCUCACUGAUGAACUUGGUGCAGAAGCUAUGAUGAUGGAUGCUUUGGAGAAAGUUGAAAAGGAAAUCAAGAAACCUCUCAUGAGGAGCGAUAAGAAAGGAAUGGCUCUUCUAAUGACAGAAUUUGACAAAAUUAAUGGGAAGCUUGGAAUUCGUAAGGAAGAUCUUCCAAAGUAUGAAGAAGAGUUAGAACUCAAAAUUGCCAAAGCACAAUUAGAGGAGUUGAAGAAGGAUGCUCUUGAGGCCAUGGAAACCCAAAAGAAGAGGGAGGAAUUCAAGGACGAGGCAAUGAUAGAUGUGAAAUCUUUGGACAUCCGGAACUUCAUCUGAGAAUGGGCAGUGCUUGUUUACGGCUUUGAUUUGAUGCUAAACAAUUGUCCUGACACGAAGGAGACCACCUGCAUAGGAGGUGGGGAGUACAUCUGUUUUGCUUGAUAAUAAAGACCCAUGUAUUUUGCAGUUACAACUGCAGCAACUCGGUGGAUAUUAGGCUUUUUUGCCUAUUCAAUUUAAUUGAAAUGAAGAGCUGGAAAUAUGUUGUCACUUCUGCUGUGAAAUGAUAUUUCAGGGAGUUCUCUCCAACAUUUUCUAUUCGGGAACCUAGUGGUAUUAUUUUCAUACCCCCAACACUUUGUCCUGCUGUUUUUUGGCUGAUUCUCUUUUCCUGCAUGUUUGCUUCUCAGUGUUGACUCUCAAUUUCUUGUCCCAAUUGCUGUUAGAAAAGCAAGUUGGAUUUAUUGUGAGACUUGGCCUAUGAAGAGUAAGACAUUUUGUGCUGGAUGGCCGUUUUGAAUUGCGUUA